CAGGAGUCUCCACAAGACAGUGCUAUCACCCGAGACAUCAACCGCACGUUCCCUGCCCACGAUUAUUUUAAAGAUACUGGGGGAGAUGGCCAGGACUCCCUGUACAAAAUAUGCAAGGCCUACUCUGUCUAUGAUGAAGAAAUUGGCUACUGUCAAGGCCAGUCAUUUCUUGCUGCUGUGCUGCUUCUGCAUAUGCCUGAAGAGCAAGCUUUCAGUGUUCUGGUCAAAAUCAUGUUUGAUUAUGGACUCAGGGAACUUUUCAAACAAAACUUUGAAGAUUUGCACUGCAAGUUCUAUCAGCUGGAGCGCCUCAUGCAGGAAUACAUUCCUGAUCUGUAUAACCACUUUCUGGAUAUUAGCCUUGAAGCACACAUGUAUGCUUCCCAGUGGUUCCUGACCCUGUUCACUGCAAAAUUCCCUCUCUACAUGGUCUUCCAUAUUAUUGACUUACUCCUGUGUGAGGGAAUAAGUGUUAUCUUUAACGUUGCACUGGGAUUAUUAAAAACUACAAAGGAUGAUUUGUUACUGACCGACUUUGAAGGGGCUUUAAAAUUCUUCCGUGUACAGCUGCCCAAGAGAUAUCGUUCAGAAGAAAAUGCAAAAAAGCUGAUGGAAUUAGCCUGUAACAUGAAGAUUAGCCAGAAGAAGCUGAAGAAAUAUGAGAAGGAAUAUCAUACCAUGAGAGAGCAGCAAGCUCAACAGGAGGAUCCUAUCGAAAGAUUUGAGCGGGAGAACCGGCGCCUGCAGGAAGCAAACAUGAGGCUCGAGCAAGAAAAUGACGAUCUUGCACACGAACUGGUGACCAGCAAGAUUGCUCUGCGGAAGGAUUUAGACAAUGCGGAGGAAAAGGCAGAUGCUCUGAAUAAGGAACUGCUAAUGACCAAACAGAAGUUGAUUGAUGCAGAAGAAGAAAAGAGGCGCCUAGAAGAAGAAUCAGCUCAGCUGAAGGAAAUGUGUCGUAGGGAACUAGAUAAGGCAGAGUCAGAGAUCAAGAAGAACAGCUCUAUUAUUGGUGACUACAAACAGAUUUGUUCCCAGCUGAGUGAGCGACUGGAAAAGCAACAAACAGCAAAUAAAGCUGAAAUUGAGAAAAUACGGCAAAAAGUGGAUGACUGUGAGCACUGCCGGGAGUUCUUCAAUAAAGAAGGCCGUGUGAAGGUUGCUGGUUCCACCAAGGACGGUUCAGAUGAGGACACAGAUGAGGAGAAGGAAACGCUGAAAAACCAGCUGAGGGAAAUGGAGCUUGAGCUGGCCCAGACCAAGCUGCAGCUUGUGGAGGCGGAAUGUAAAAUACAGGAUUUGGAGCACCAUUUGGGUCUGGCGUUAAAUGAAGUACAAGCUGCAAAGAAAACAUGGUUCAACAGAACAAUAAGCUCUAUAAAAACAGUGACUGGAGUCCAAGGCAAAGAGACUUGUUGAAAAGCAGUUCUGUCAAACACACCUUCUUAACACAACACCUUUUGUUGCCUUCCUUGGCCAGAUGUUUAAUUCUGUGACAUGAGAGGACCAGAAUGUAAAUAAAAUAGAAACACAGCAUGUCAGGAUUUCCAUAGGUCAGUGAUAAAGAGGAUGGAAACACAAGAAAGGUUUUAUUGCUAGACGUGGGAUCUUCAUACUACUGAUAUUUAACAGGUGAUGUAGCUAGAUUGAAGCUCUUCAGAGAAACACUCCAUUCUGCGGUCUGGCUGGAGGCUUAUUCACAGACUAGGUACGAGAACUUACCAAACCCUAAUUGUUAAGUUUACAUAUGAUAGGUUUUUUUACAGUUAUAACCUUUUUUAAUAUUUUAUUUGAAAGGAAAAGUGUCACUAACAAAGUAAAAAAAAAAAAAAGUAAAAAGAAAAAAGGAAAAAAAGGAAAAAAAAGGAAAAAAAAAAGGCAAGCAACAACAAAGACAACUUUAUCAAGAACUACAUCAGUGCCAGAAAGCAGUCCCCAGAGGUAGGAUAUGGAGAGUAGGAGGUGACAUGUUUUGCUUUAUGAAUGGGGAUGAUUUCAGCAUUCCUGUCGAGCAACCCCUCUUUGUUUUAGUAGAUGCAGCAUCCAUCUCUCUGUGUUUGGCAUUUAUUUCUGUUACUAAUCAAUUCUAUGCAACUCUGGGCUUUUUUGGCAUGGGCUGCCAAACAGAUUCACAACCUGAGGCAGGGAGACUUGUCUGAGUGCUAGACAAGAAUAAUCAGAAUUCUUGGCAAAUUUCCGUUUCACUUCUGUGUCAUAUUGUUUGAUCCACAUAGCAACAGCGCUAAAAUCCCCAACACCAGGACUGCUAAUAAGUACUAAUUAUGUGGAUGGUCUGACAUUCAAUUGAGUCUUUUUGUCUGUUUUUUGUCAGUCUCUCUGUUUCGGUUUCGUUUGUUUGUUUUUACCCGGCUGUAGCAGGCCUUCUGCGAAGCUCUGAGAAAGCUUCCAGGAUUUAGUUUUGCACAUAGGUAUGAAUGGGACAAAGAAACAAUAAACUGAGAUAUAUAUGAGGCAAAAAUCACUGCGCGAGUGUAGCUGUGAGCAUUUAUAGCUGUCCAACUGGCUUCCCUGGUAACAUGUUCAGAGGCUGUGUAGGUCAUUUCUCACGCUCGAUGCAGUUGCACUAAUAGGUGCUAAACGUGCUUGGAUUUCUUAUUCAGUGGAUUGUCUUGAGUUCUCACCAGAAAGCUGUAGAAUGGAGUUUUGCACCUUGUAAUUUUUUUUAAUUUAUAAUGGUUUGUGUUAUGCUGAAGUAUCUAUUGCAUCAGUGGGUAAAUUUUGUGUGCAGUGUUGAGUAUAAGCUGGUAACAAUAAGAGGCACUGGUUUGUAUAUAAAGAUAUUUGGUUUAUUUUGUAUUUCUACCUUUUUCUUGUUUACUGUACUAAUGCUAGCUAACGUACUCUGUAACUACGGAAUAGAACAUGCUAUGUCCAAGCUUUUUUCCUUAACUGCAUACAUUAUCUCUAUUGUUUAAUACCAAAAAACCCAAUACUGUAACUCCAUCAAUAUUAGAUGCGUGGACAUUGUGGUAGCAUAGUUGCAGUGUGUAUACUUUAUGAAUCGAAAUAUAAACUAGUAAAAUUGUAUAACUA